UCUAUCUCCAUAUAUAGAUAUGUGGGUGUGUAUAGAGAAAUGUUUUCUCGCCCUUUCUCUUCAAUUAUUAGUGUACCCCACCCACGUCUAUAUUUUGAUCAUAAAGAUGUAUUUUCCUUUUUUCUAAUUUUUCCUUUUCAUGGAAAUUUUGCAGUUUUGUGAGAUUAUUUUGAGUAAUUUUUUUUUUGUUUGUUUACUUGAGUGCAUGUGUUGCGAGGUUUAUCUAAACGUUGAUUCAAUUUUGGGGUGCUUUCAAGCAUAUAGUUUUGCUAUCGUGGGUGUGUCCUGAGGCGGGUUUUGUUUAUUUUUUGCUGGGUCAUCUUAGCUGUGUGACUUUGGGUGUUUUGUAUUGAUUAUACGAAGGUUGGAUCAGAUUCGGUGAUGUAUUGCUUUUUGUGAAUUGUAUGACCCAUAUUUUGCAUAGUAAAAUGUAUUAAAGAAUAGAAGGGUGAUGGCAGCAGCAGAAGCAAGGGCUGUUUGGCAAAGAGCAGCUAAUCGUUGCUUUGUCCAAGAAGAUGCUAAAAGAGCUCCAAAAUUAGCUUGCUGCCCAUCUUCAUCUUCAUCAUCCAAACAGGCUGAUGCAGGACAUGCCAAUGCAGCAGAUGGACCUGAUCAUCCCCCUGUAGGUUUCAUGCCCUUAAACAGGACUUCAUAUUCCAACCUGCCCCCUGAUACAAGAUGGUGGCUUCAGCUUCAACCUAACUAUGGGUACCAAAAGGGUUUAACAUCUGAACAGUUAAAUGCCUUGGAGGCAGAGGUAGAAAUGUUAAUAGAUGGAACUGCAAGCAAGACCUCUGAACUUGAUGGGGCUUAUGCACAGAAUGAAGAUGGUAGCGGACGUGUUGAUGGUGGCAAGAACACUGAAUCUUUUUUUGAUGUAGAUAAUAUAAACUUUGCUGGUUGUGUAGAGAAAGAUCCUGACUUUGGAAAGCAAGAGGUAAAUGCUCUAAAUAGUAAGAAUGCCCAAGACCUUGAAGUUAACAACAUGUGGAAGUACUACGAAUUAGUGGAGACAGAGCCUAUUGGCUCCUCAGCUUCCAAACAACCCAAUGAGCUCUAUUUGGAUUCAGAAUCUUCAUGGAUUGGGGUUGAGAAAAAUGAGCCGUGGUGGCGCACAGCAGAUACAGAUGAAUUGGCUUCCUUGGUGGUGCAGAAGUCACUUGACCAUAUUGAGAAUUGUGAUCUCCCCCCUCCUCAGAAGAUGCAUGUUAGGAGUGACCCAUUUGCCCCUCUUGGAUGUUUUGUUCACAAGGGCAACUUUGGCUCAUCUUUAGAUAGGAAGGCCCAAACUGGCACUCUCUCCAAUUUAACCCUUCAUUUGAAGGGCAGUUCCUCUUUGGGCAGCGCAGAUGGAAGACAGUGGGCUUCAGCUGAAGAUCGGCAUGGUUCAGACAAGCCAUUCAGCAGUUACAAUACAAACCACAAGGAUCUGACAGAAAUGCAAGGAAUUACCGACAAUGAUCCCAGCAAGGCUCAGCUGUUGGAAGCACUCCGCCACUCUCAAACACGUGCAAGGGAAGCUGAGAUAGCAGCAAAGCAAGCUCAUGAAGAGAAGGAGCAUAUUAUCAGUCUCUUCCUCAGACAAGCCUCACAACUCUUCGCCUAUAAGCAGUGGUUCCACCUGCUUCAACUAGAAAACCUUUACUCCCAAAUUAAGAACAAAGACCAUCCAAUCUCCACCCUUUUCCCAGUCACCCUACCAUGGACACCUUACAAAGCUAAGAAACAACGGAAGAGCUGGCAGAAGGCAACCAAGGGGAGACGAGGCAAACGAGCCCAACCAAGAUAUGACAUUAGCAAGUAUGCUGUUGCCUUUGCACUGGGGCUGAGUCUUGUUGGUGCAGGGUUGCUCCUAGGAUGGACUAUUGGGUGGAUGUUACCUACUUUGUAGUCUGGGUUUUGGUUUUGUCAAAGUUUCCUUCUUGCUGUGAAGAUUGGUUUCAACUAUUUCCUGCAUGUAUAUAUGUAUCAGUUUCCUUAGUCUCUGUUUCUACUUUCUAGAAGUUCAAGAAGUAUGUUGUUUGUGUAUAAAAUCAUGUGAUGAGAUUCAUAUUUGUGUAUAUGGAACAUACUGUGAAACAGGGAGAUCUCAUCAAAUUCCCCUCUGGGUGGAUGCCCAUUUAUAUUGGUAA